AUGGCCAUGGCCCCGCAGCGCGUGAGGAUAUCCGAGAAGUACGGCAAGAGCUACCUGUGCCUCCUGCAUGCGGUCUUCGUGGCAGAAACCCAGCUGCUGCUCCGUAUGAAGGACAUCCGUCAUUUCUUAAUGCAAGAUAUCGCCUUCUUGUCCGGUGGCCGGGGAAAGGAUAAUGCUUGGAUCAUUACUUUUCCAGAAAAUUGUAAUUUCAGAUGUAUACCGGAAGGAGUGAUAGCGAAAGUGCUGACUUACUUGACAUCUAUUGCAAGGCAAAAUGGAUCUGACUCCCGGUUUACCAUUAUUCUUGAUCGAAGAUUGGAUACAUGGUCUUCUCUCAAAAUUUCUCUUCAGAAAAUCUCAGUUUCUUUUCCUGGGAACUUGCACUUGGUGUUGGUUCUACGUCCCAGCAGUUUUCUUCAAAGGACUUUCACAGACAUUGGAUUUCGAUUUAGUCAGGAGGAUUUCAUGCUGAAGUUACCAGUGGUUAUGCUGAGCUCAGUUAGUGAUUUGCUGACAUACAUUGAUGACAAGCAGUUAACCCCUGAGUUAGGCGGCACCUUGCAGUACUCCAACAGUGAAUGGAUCAUCUUCAGAAAUGCUAUAGAAAAUUUUGCUCUCACAGUGAAGGAAAUGGCUCAGAUGUUACAGUCCUUUGGAACUGAACUGGCGGAGACAGAACUGCCAGAUGAUAUUCCUUCAAUAGAAGAAAUCCUUGCGCUUCGUGCCGAGAGGUAUCACAUGUUAAAGCUCGUGAGUGAAGUCGAACUUCUGUUAAACCAACAAGCAGAGCUGGCAGACGUCACCGGGAACCUAGGUCAAGUAAAACAAAAAAUUAAAAAGUUGGAAAACUUAGAUGAAAAUUCUCAGGAUCUGUUGGCAAAGGCCCGCUUUGUGAUAUUACACGGACACAGACUUGCUUCAAAUCACCAUUAUGCACUUGAUUUGAUCUGCCAGAGGUGCAAUGAACUCCGUUACCUUUCUGAUAUUUUGGUUAAUGAGAUUAAAGCCAAACGGAUACAGCUCAGCAGGAUCUUCAAAAUGCAUAAACUCCUGCAGCAGGCUCGUCAGUGCUGUGAUGAAGGAGAAUGCCUUCUAGCUAACCAAGAAGUAGAGAAGUUUCAGUCUAAAGAAGAUGCUCAGAAAGCCCUCCAAGACAUUGAAAAUUUUCUUGAAAUGGCUCUGCCCUUUAUCAAUUACGAUCCUGAUACCCUACAGUAUGAAUUUGAUGUAAUUUUAUCACCCGAGCUUAAGGUGCAAAUGCAGACAGUGCAACUCAAGCUUGAAAACAUUCGGAGUAUAUUUGAGAACCAACAAGCUGGGUUCAGGAACCUGACGGACAAGCGUGUGAAGCCAAUCCAGUUUGUGGUACCUGCUUCUGACAGUUUGAUCAGAUCCGGAGUACCCUUUUUGUCACCGAAACAUGUGGGAGUUGGAUACUCUUUCUUUCAAGCAUGUAAACUUUUUUCAAAAGGGAAGAAGAGUUGGAGACAAAAUCAGAGCAACUUAAAAAUCGAAGUGGUGCAUGAUUGUCGGGAGCAGAGAAAUUCUGGUCAAUCCUCCAGUCUGGACAACGACAAUAGCUUGGAUAUUUUACAGAACCACGUCCUAAAUGAGCUGAUACAGACAGAGAGGGUCUAUGUUCGCGAGCUGUUUACUGUUUUGUUGGGCUACAGAGCGGAGAUGGACAAUCCUGAGAUGUUUGAUCUUAUGCCACCUCUCCUGAGAAAUAAAAAGGAUGUCCUCUUUGGAAAUAUGGCAGAAAUCUAUGAAUUCCAUAACGACAUUUUCUUGAGCAGUCUGGAAAAUUGCGUUGACGCUCCAGAGAGAGUGGGACCUUGUUUCCUCGAAAGGAAAGAUGAUUUUCAGAUGUAUGCAAAAUACUGUCAGAAUAAACCCAGAUCAGAGGCAAUUUGGAAGAAGUAUUCAGAAUGCGCCUUUUUCCAGGAAUGUCAAAGAAAAUUAAAACACAGGCUUGGUCUGGAUUCCUAUUUACUCAAACCCGUGCAACGAAUCACUAAGUAUCAGUUACUGUUAAAGGAGCUGCUGAAAUAUAGCAACGGCUGCCAAGGGAUUGAACAAUUAAAGGAGGCUCUGGACACAAUGCUGGAUUUACUGAAGUCACUUAAUGACUCCAUGCAUCAGAUCGCAAUAAAUGGCUAUAUUGGAAACUUAAAUGAACUGGGCAAGAUGGUAAUGCAGGGAGCAUUCAGUGUUUGGACUGGACACAAGAAAGGUGCUACAAAAAUGAAGGAUUUUGCUAGAUUCAAACCAAUGCAGCGGCAUCUGUUCUUGUAUGAAAAAGCCAUUGUCUUUUGUAAGAGGCGCGUUGAAAGCGGAGAAGGGUCUGAUAGAUACCCAUCGUACAGCUUUAAGCACUGUUUGAAAAUGGAUGAAGUUGGCAUCACUGAAUAUGUAAAAGGGGAUAACCGCAAGUUUGAAAUCUGGUAUGCUGGCAAGGAAGAAGUUUAUAUUGUCCAGGCUCCGAAUGUCGAUGUGAAAAUGACAUGGUUAAAAGAGAUAAGAAGUAUUUUGUUGAAGCAACAGGAACUUAUGACAGUUAAAAAACGAAAGCAACACAAUCAGUUAACACAACAGGAUCAGCUUCCUACUCAGCAGAUUGAUGCAAGGCAACACGGAUCCUUUAUGGGUGCCGAGGAGACUGAAUCAGAACACAGCAGCGCUGUGGUGGACGUCCGGGAGACCGUCCCACUGGUUCAGGCCGAAGCGAACACAGUUUGGACCCAGAUGUCAUCACCUGCAGAAAUUUCUGAAGACCCUGAGGAGUGGUCAAGCAACUAUUUCUAUUCUUCUUAUGAUGACAAUGAAGAAGAAGAAAGGCCCCUAAUGUCUCCAGGCAAUUACAAAGCCCUAGCAGAUGGCAGGAAGAGAGGCCCAGAAGACCUCCUGAUCAGAAAUGGAGAUGUCUUUCAGUUUCUUCAUGAAGAUGCCGAAGGUCAAUGGUUGGUGAAAAAUCUAAACAGAAGAAAAGAAGGUCUGAUUCCCGGGAAUACUUCGCAGAUUUUAAUUGGUGACUAUAGGUUUCGGAAUGCCAAAGUUACAGCUUCGGAUUCAAGAGGAGCCCCGGUUCCCGAGGGCGUGGCUCAGACGGGCCUGGGGGCGGCUGAAGCCGGCCUCCUGGUCCCCCACAGCUGCUCUGCGUGGGGAGAAGUUCGGCUUCUGCGGGCCUCUCAGCUUCUGGAGUGGUCCGCCGUGGCCCGCUGUGUCUUAGCCGGCACAGCCGCAGUCAAUUGA